GUGGACGUCGCUUCCAUGGCACCAUUUAAUAUUGCUUAUGAGCUCCUAGUCACAAGGCUUGAGAACUUCCAACUUGAGACCAACAAAGCCUUUAACUUCACUGCCAGCCCUUCCCAGCCCCAGUAUUUUCUGUACAAAUUUCCUGAGGAUGUUGAUUCAGUCAUCAUUAAAGUGGUGUCUGAUGCAGUCUACCCAUGCUCAGUUGUCUCCGUCCAGGAUAUUGUGUGCCCAGUGUAUGACCUGGACCACAACGUGGAGUUCAAUGGCGUUUACCAAUCUAUGACUAAGCAGGCAGCCAUAACAGUGCAGAGAAAGGAUUUUCCAGGUGAGCAGUUCUUUGUUGUGUUUGUCAUCAAGCCAGAGGAUUAUGCCUGUGGUGGUUCUGUGCCUUCUUCCAUGCAUGGGAAUGUCAAUCGCACCUGGAACCUGCAGCGGAUGAAGAACCUUCAAGUGACAAUUGUGCCUUCUAUCAAAAAGUCUGUGUAUGUCCAAGCCAUGUUCUUCAGCUUCCUGAGUUUCCUCUCCUUUUACCUGGGCUCGAUGGUUGUUGCUUUUGUGCACUACAUCAGGGUUCAGAGGAAGGCUUCAGCUGGGAGAUUGAGUCCUGAGGAUGGAUCUGGGCUUGUGACUUCUUCUCACCCCAUCACAGCCAGCACCCCUGAGGGAAGCAGCUAUGGUGCUAUUGAUGAAUCAAGCUCCAGUGGUGGACACCAGUUAUCUUCCCCUGAGCUCAAGCCGACAGCUGGUUAUGACACAGACAGCUCUGUGGAGGAGGAGAGCGACUUUGACACCAUGCCAGAAAUUGAAAGUGAUAAGAAUGUCAUCCGCACAAAGGUGUUCCUCUAUCUGUCAGACUUGUCCAGGAAGGACCGAAGGAUUGUCAGCAAAAAAUACAAAAUCUAUUUCUGGAACAUCAUCACCAUUGCAGUGUUUUAUGCCCUGCCAGUCAUCCAGCUUGUCAUCACUUACCAGACGGUAGUAAAUGUGACAGGCAAUCAAGACAUCUGCUACUAUAACUUUCUGUGUGCUCAUCCCCUUGGAGUGCUGAGUGCCUUCAAUAACAUCCUCAGCAAUGUAGGCCACAUGCUGCUGGGUUUUCUCUUCCUCCUCAUUGUGUUGCGCAGAAACAUUCUCCACCGUCGGGCCAUGGAGAUGAAAGAUAUCUAUACCCUGGACUAUGGGAUCCCAAAACAUUUUGGCCUCUUUUAUGCUAUGGGAAUCGCUCUGAUGAUGGAAGGGGUGCUCAGUGCCUGUUACCAUGUCUGCCCUAAUUACUCCAAUUUCCAGUUUGACACCUCCUUCAUGUACAUGAUCGCAGGACUGUGCAUGCUCAAGCUCUACCAGACACGACACCCAGACAUCAAUGCCAGUGCCUACUCUGCCUAUGCCUCAUUUGCUGUGGUGAUCUGCCUGGCUGUCCUUGGAGUGGUGUUUGGGAAGAAUGACAUGUGGUUUUGGGUGAUUUUCUCCGUGAUCCAUGUUUUAGCCUCGCUGGCUCUCAGCACCCAAAUCUACUACAUGGGCCGCUUCAAGAUAGAUGGCCCUGACUCAGACUUGGGGAUGUUUCGCCGGGCAGCGAUGGUGCUGUACACAGACUGUAUCCAGCAGUGCAGUCGACCAAUGUACAUGGACAGGAUGGUGCUGCUCAUUGUUGGAAACCUGGUCAACUGGUCCUUUGCUAUCUUUGGGCUUGUGUAUCGGCCCAGAGAUUUCGCCUCCUACAUACUGGGGAUCUUUAUCUGUAACCUGUUGCUGUAUCUGGCUUUCUACAUCAUCAUGAAGCUCCGCAGUUCUGAGAAGCUCCUGCCCAUCCCCCUGUUCUGCAUUGUGGCCACGGCAGUGGUGUGGGCAGCUGCCCUCUACUUCUUCUUCCAGAACCUCAGCAGCUGGGAGGAGACUCCAGCAGAGUCCCGGGAAAAGAACCGGCCAUGCAUCCUGUUGGGCUUCUUUGAUGACCAUGAUGUCUGGCACUUCCUCUCUGCAGCUGCCUUGUUCUUCUCCUUUCUGGUUCUGCUGACCCUAGAUGAUGACCUGGACACGGUGCGCAGGGACAAGAUCCCGGUGUUCUGA